AUUGGCUCUGAAACGUGUAAAAUGAAACAAAAUCUGCAAAAUGGUUGUCUGCCGUACGAUGUUUCAACUAUAACCUCGUCUUCAUCAGAUCCACCUGCUAGACAGUAUGCAAUCAAUAAUAAUAAGAGCAAAUCAAGAUUUUCAAUAUCUUCAACACCAUCUCCAUUAUUGCCUCUACGGAAUGAUUCUUACAGAGGGAACAAUACUAAUACUCUUACCAAUAAUAAUAAUAAUAACAAUAAUAAUACUAGUUUACUUAAUGGGAAAGAUAAACUUGAUGAAUAUAGAAGGAAUAGCAGUGGUACUAUUACGAAUUCUAAGAAUAACAGUCAUACUACACAAAACGGUGGUAUACACAAACGACUGUCGUUUUUGUUUAAAUUACGUAAAAGUACCGUUAAUCGAGAAAGCAAACCAAAUGAUGGCGACGACAAUAUUAAUAACAAUAAUAAUAAUAAAGCAAGGCAGCUAUCAGAGGGUUUCAAAAGUGACACCAGUGCUACUGAACAGCUUUGUCAGCAAGACGAACCAAGGAAGCAAACGAUGAUUACACAACAAGAUCCAUCAUCAUGUAAUCAUCAAUUGAACCCAUUGAAUCCACCUAUACAUGGUCAUUUGGAUAAUCCUGGUACAAUUAUUUUAAUGUCUCUCAGUGAUCUGUUACACCAGUGUAUGGAUUAUACAAAUGUUUAUCCGGAUCGUUUGAAGUAUAUUCAUCAACUUAGAAAACACUUUCCAGAGUUACGAUUAUUUCUCAAG